UGGUGCUGCGUUCCGUGUGGAAAGUUUACCGGCUCGGGUGCAAAGUUUCAGCCGUUUGCAAACCGAAGCUCGUCGGCAAACGUAUCCGGAAUAUCCGUGUGUCGACAACAGUCUGUUUCUACGGUAGCUAGAACAAUUGGCCCGAGGCAUUUUACCCUUGGUCGUCUUCAGACCCUAGCCGAGUGAUGCUGCCGUCGCUGGGUUACGGUGGUGUGUAAAGACGCUGUUAGCAUCGAUCGUAUUGUCUGCGGGAGCCAGCUAGCUUAAGGUAAAUCGUUAGCCCCGAGCUGUGUUAAAACGAAGAGCUAGCUAACGUUAGCCGAUGUCCCGGCGAGCUCGUUAGAAAACUACAACCAAAGCGUUAUUCGACCUUAACUAGGACACAAAAAUGACUUGUGAGCCUAAUCGCGUGCGGCUGCUAUGCAUGCUCUCGUUGACGUUUGCUUUUUUCAUCGUGGAAGUGGUGGUCAGUCGGAUGACUUCGUCUCUGUCAAUGCUGUCGGACUCCUUUCACAUGUUGUCGGACGUCAUCGCGCUGGUCGUCGCUUUGGUCGCGGUGCGAUUCGCCGAGAAAACCCACGCGACCGACAAAAACACCUUCGGGUGGAUCCGGGCCGAGGUGAUGGGGGCUCUUGUCAACGGCCUCUUCCUCACGGCGCUGUGCUUCACCAUCGUCCUGGAGGCUGUGGAGCGUUUCACGGAGCCCCACGAGAUCGAGACUCCGCUGGUGGUCGCCGGGGUCGGCGCCGCGGGGCUCCUGAUCAACCUGCUCGGGCUCUGCCUGUUCCGCGGGCACGCCGGCGGAGGACACGGACACUCCCACGGAGGUCACUCUCACGGGAAUAAGAACAAGAGGGGGAAAACCGGGAAGUCCCAGAAGGCUGGCAACGGGUCCUCGGGAGAGGAGACCAACAACCUGGUGGCGAGUCACAACAGCCCGGGGGAUGCGAGGCCGAGAAACGAAAUCAGCUCUACGGACAGCGCAGAUGUGCAGAUGAACGGCAGCCCCCACUUUGAGGAGAUGGAGCAUGACGCCGCGUCGCAACUCAACAUGCGCGGGGUUUUCCUGCACGUGUUGGGCGACGCCCUGGGCUCUGUCAUUGUGGUGGUCAAUUCUUUAAUCUUCACCUUCGUGUGGCAGCCCUGCGGAAAAGAGGAGAUGUGUGUGAACCCGUGUAUCAACAGCCACAUCUCGGACCACCAGCAUGUCAACCACACGCUGGUCAACCUGCUGGAAGGUACCACCAUGUCUGCCAUGAAGUACGCCGGACCCUGCUGGGUUCUCUACCUGGACCCCACGCUCUGCAUCAUCAUGGUGUGCAUCCUGCUGUAUACUACCUACCCGCUGCUCAAAGAGUCCGCCCUCAUCCUCCUGCAGACCGUGCCCAAGCAGAUCAACAUGAACCGGCUCAACCAGCGCCUGCUGGGCCUGGAAGGUGUCCUGGCUAUCCACGAGCUGCACAUCUGGCAGUUGGCCGGCAGCCGCAUCAUCGCAACGGCGCACAUCAAGUGCCACGACCCCACGUCGUACAUGGAGGUGGCCAAGCGCAUCAAGGACUUCUUCCACGACGAGGGCAUCCACGCCACCACCAUCCAGCCCGAGUUCGUCACGUUCAACUCCGAGUCCCGGGACUCCCUCUGCGAGCUCUCCUGUCGGACUCAAUGUGCCCCCAAGUUGUGCUGCGGCUCCGCGGACAAACCCAACGCGGGCUCUGAUAAGAAGGCCAGCAGUUACUGCAAAGCCGCUUCCGCUUCAGGCCUGGAGGUGAUCGUCGAGACCCCGGAGCAGGCUGCAGGGGUGGAGGCGGGCACUCGGUCAGAAGCCGCGAUCACCGUCGCUCGAGAGGUGGAGUCGUCUCUGUGAGAUGGAGGGGAUGGAGAGAAACGGAGGAGGAGAUGGAGAACCACCACACUGGACUGAAAUCAUUGUCAUGGACGCUGUAUUCUAUCUGACCCGCGGCUCUGUCGUGGCCCGAACGAGAACUCCUUUUUCCAUAGCUUGUGUUUUCUGUCAUCACCCCUUGUUAUGGCAAAAAAAAAAAGUCCUCCCGUGUCCUCGUACUUGAGUCAUUCCUGCCAUCUUUCCUCUCUUUUGUAUACCCAAUUUCAUUCCCUCUCUCCCAGACUCCCCUCCGUCUUGUCGGCCCCUCUCUUGUUGCCGUGGCGGUGUGGCAUGUCGGGGCUCACAUGCCGUAUUUCCUCCAGAACUGGAGCGAGGCCCGCUUAGUGUUCCCCGUCAGCAUCUCGUCCCGUGGUGUUUCUGUGCCAAAGCUUCUCACUGCAAGACUGAAGGGAUCCGAGAGACGGUCUCUCCUCUUAAAGGACGCACAACACAUGCACAUCACUCGGUUAUGUUGUUCAGCCUUUGGGCCUGUUGGCAAAGAGAAUGCCUCUUUUGUUUUUAGCGCUGGCUCUGAGCCAUGAGUUAUACACUAUUGCCCCAAAUGUUUUUUCUUUAAGUUAUUAGAAAGGAUAUAUUUCUCUCUGUAAAUGCUGUUUGUAAUGUUUAGUUUGAUUAGCUAAAUUUCUUGCAAAUUUUCUGUCUCAAACUGUUUUGACAGACCAUCUAUGCUGUAGUUAGUUUUCUAGUGAUUUUUUUUAGUUUUUUGUUUCUCAAGACUCUUCUCUGGCUGUGGCUAAGUUUAAGUUGCAGUCAUUCGUUAAUACAAAAGGCGCAUCAACACCGCUCACCUUAAAACACAGGACGACCUGCCGCCCGCACGCAGUGCGACUGAAACUCUCUUGUUGGCCGUCACAAAUCUAAUGUGUUCGGCGUGUCGUGACCAAAUGAGAACUGGAUGCUAUUAACGAAACACUCUUUGUAUGAAUCUUUGCUGGAAAUCUUUCUGGUGAUCCCUGUUGAUUUUCAUUAAUAAUCCCCAUGAAUGUUUUUCGGCACCAUCUCACAAUCCACGCCGAGGAAAGUUCUUUUAAAAAAAAAAAAAAAUCUAUAUAUUUCUACGACGUUCUCCUACGUUUGCAUGACCAAACCGAGACCCGGUGUGUUUGACCGUGAGCAGCUCCACCAAGCUGCUAACCAGUGCCUGCUGGUAUACUCCAACUUUACUCAUAACCGUGGGGGAAUGUCUCGUAGUUGUUUUGUGUCCUGCUUUGGACAGUUGAGUUUCUUUGCUGAAUUAAAGUUCAUAUGGUGGCCUUUGCAAAUGGGUCAAUUUUCCCUCAUCACCACUGAUAUCAUUUGAAGGUGGUCCAUUGAUGUGGUUCAGAGUCCCACUCCUGAGUAAAUGUGUAUGCAAUAUAGAAAUGUAUUAUGAUGCAUUCUUUCAUGUUUGGUUACUUUUAUUCUGUUUUUAUUCUGAGCUCUAUGUGAAAACUGGAGGAAAAAAAAGUGUUUUUUUAAUUUUAGAUAUGACAUGUCAGCUGAUGUGUUUUUGAUAUACUAUAUAUCUACAGUACCUGUCCAAUGUGUCAUUGUGAAAUAAAAAAAGAAAAAUGGCUGUUUGGCACAGUUGAUAAACCCAAAUUUGUCAGCUGCCUUAUUUGUAAGCUUUUCAGUCCAAGAUAAUGUAGUUCCUUUUUCAAAUGUCAUUCACGGAAACAAGCAAAGUUGCAAACAAGUAAGUGAAUGUAAAACGACUGCGAUGAGAUGAAAAAUAACCAUAAAGAGAUGUUGUGAUUA